GCUGCCAAUGGCCCGAUCUUCAAGACACUGGGCGCGCUGCGCCAACGGAUUGCAGGGCAGACACAGGUCGUUGACCAGGAGAUCACGUCUACGAUGCGCCCCCAGCUGGACCAGCUCGCCAGGAGGUUCCAGAUGCAGCAAGAUGCGAUCACCAAACGAGUCUCGGAGUCGCAUACCCUUGGAGAACACGAGCGACAGAUCUUGGCGCUGCAGAAGGAGAUCACCGACAUGCGCAAGCAGGUUGCGCUGGACAUGGCUGCCCCCGCGAAGCCGUUCAUCUCCCCUGGUUUUGAUCGCGAGGUGGGCCCGGCCCAGGUUGCGGCGGCGGCGGCGAAGAUGGUAGGGCUCCAAGGCGUCCACGAUGAGAUCGGCACCUUCCUCUCGGAGAUGGACUUCAGCGAGGAUGACUACGACAUCAACGCGCUCGCCCCCCUGCCAGCCAAGGAGUUCUCGAUCGCCUUCAAGGGCGCCGCGGGCUCGGGGGCCGAUCCUGCUCGUCUGCGCCUCGGCCCUGACAAGAGCCCCAAGCAAGUGCGCGCCAAGAUCUUCCCGCGUAAGAUCCGCAACAUCUACGGCGACACCUUCCCCCAGCGCCGCUGGUUCGUGGGCCGCGAGAGGGGC